AUGUUCAUUUUCAUCAAACAUGGAGAUAAUCACCAGUUUCUGGUCGAUACCAAUUGCUCUGUCCUUCUGUUGCCGCAUUACACCCGCAAUAAAGUAGGGUUGCCUAAAACAGACACCAUCGAUGUGUGUGACGACACGGGGACAAUGAAGUUGCUUUUCCUGACGAAGACCCCUGGAGACUAUGCCAGCAAAUUCCUUACUGCUCGAAACACCUACUAUAUUUAUAAGGUGGAGCAUGGAGCACCAGGAACCCGACUGGAGAAUGCCUACAGAGCUUUUGUGCCUCUCCUGAAGAAUCCAGAACCCGAGCUAAUUGACACCUUGUGCACACAGUGUGACCUUCUGGAGAGGAGCCGAGUGAAAUUGCUUAGAAGCCAAGAGGCCAAGAAAGUCAUUGCAAUUGAAUCCUCUGUGAACCUCCCAUCCAAAUCAAUGGGACGAUCAGAUGAAGAGGGGUCCACUCACAGGGCUCCGAUCUUUAGGACCAGAGCGGACUUUUUCAGUAGAAGGGAUAAACAUUGCUAA